GCCCUGUGAUGAGCAUGCUUUAACCUGCAGCGAUGCAGGGAGGAGAGCAGGAGAGGAAACAGAGAGGGGAGGGGUGCUCCUUAUGCUGCUCAUCCCCGUCAAUAUCCGGAGCCGGUGGGCGGUGCUGAGACCCCUGAAGAUACCCAGAUAGCCUGCUGAUGCCGCUGACCAAAGGAUCCGAUAGGCCAGUGGGGAUGCUUUUGCGUAGUGCUGUCAUAUUUUGUAUUUUGUCAGGUGACGCGCCGCGACAGAGAGUCUGAUAACUUGGAAUGUUGAGACAACAGUCUUUUCUUUGUCUUCCUGCUCAGAGAAUUCAGAGAUAAACAACAAUAGAGGAUUUAUUCUCCGGGAAACAGGCAGGGAAUAAGGAGCUGCUUCGAGGGCUGUCAGAUUGAAGCAGCUGGACUGAUAUUUUUUCCUCUUUUACAGGCUUAUCUUCCAUCAUAUUUCGUUAAAGGUUUAAGUCAUCUAUAGGCCGGUGGGAUAAAGAGACAAAGCAGCAGCUGCUGAGGUAGGACUAUGCGCAGACAAAAUCCAGAUCUGCUUAUGAGUGUUUACGCGCUUACCGCCUGGGAUGACAACGAAAGACGUGAUGCAAUUUGGUGAAAGCUGUCAACAUUGAUUUACAACAGAGGGCCCACCUCGGCGCAUCUGUGAGUGUUAACGAGGCGUCCAGUAUCCCGGAAGAGAUUGACACAGAUCAGAGCCCUCUGUAAACAAACAACGACGUGUUUCUGCAGGUCUAUGCUCUUUUCUCUCGCGCUCUUCCUUUGGAGACUCUACCGACAUUUCUCCAUCAUGUUCAGCACAGACAGACUCACAGUCCCGGAGUAUGUCAGCCGGCUGCAGAGGGGCAGGAGCGGCCCUUGCCCAGACCCCAAAGCGGUCUCUCCGGGCAUCAAUGCUGACGUCCAGGCGGUUUUGGACGGCUCGCUCCCCGCCCUGCGGUGCGCCAUCAAAAGGCUGAAGUCAGCCAAAGAAACCUCUGACUCCGACGAGACCAGAGGGGCUAUCGCUGAGAUCUUCCAGCUAGUGGAGGAGGCCUGGGUCCUGCCCACUGUAGGCCGUCAGGUGGCCGAGGAGAUCUGCAACAGGAUUCGGCUGGAUGGAGGCCUGGAGCUGCUGCUGCAGCUUCAACAAACACCUGCUGUGGAAAUCACCUAUGAGUCUGCAAAACUGCUGGAGCAGAUCCUCAUCUCAGAGAACAGGGAUUACAUAGCCCGUCUUGGUCUGGGGGUCAUCCUCAACCUGACCCGACAGCAGGAAGACGCUCAGCUGGCCCGCAGUGUAUCAGGGAUCCUGGAGCACAUGUUCAAACACACUGAAGAAACCUCUGUUCACCUCAUUUCUAAUGGUGCCCUUGAUACCCUCCUCUUCUGGUGCCGAGGCACAGACCCCACUGUUCUGCGCCACUGUGCUGUGGCUCUAGCAAACUGUGCCAUGUACGGAGGCCACCGCUGUCAGAGAUGGAUGAUUGAGAAACAGGCAGCCGAGUGGCUUUUCCCAUUGGCUUUUUCCAAAGAGGAUGAACUCAUUCGCUUCCACGCUUGUCUUGCUGUCGCUGUGUUGGCUGCAAACAAAGAAAUUGAGAAAGAGGUGGUGAAGUCUGGAACCUUGGAGCUGGUUGAGCCGUUCAUCGCCUCUUUGGAUCCGGAUGAUUUUGCCCGCAGCUUGCUGGACAGUGCAGACAGCAUGCAGGGCAGGACGGCCUCUGAUCUGCAGCAUCUUCUGCCAUUACUAGACGGCACAAGAUUGGAGGGAAAGUGCAUUGCAGCCUUUUACCUGUGCGUUGAGACCAGCAUCAAGUCUCGCCAGCGAAAUACUAAGAUAUUUCAAGAGAUUGGAGCGGUGCAGAGUCUAAAGAGGAUCGUCAUGUACUCCAGUAAUGGGACAGCAUGUUCCCUUGCCAAGCGGGCGCUGAGCAUGAUGGGAGAAGAAGUACCAAAGCGUAUCCUGUCAAGUGUCCCAAACUGGAAAACCUGUGAAGUCCAGACUUGGCUGCAGCAGGUUGGGUUUAGUGCUUACAGUGACCGUUUCCAGGAGCUCCAGGUGGAUGGAGACCUCCUUCUGAACAUCACAGACCAGGAUCUAAGCGCUGACCUGGGAAUGACUGCAGGUCUCACUCGCAAGAGGUUUUUGAGAGACUUGCGUGUGCUGAAAACAUACGCCAACUACUCCACAUGUGACCCAAACAACAUGGCUGACUGGUUAGUUGAAGUAGACCCUCGUUUCCGUCAGUACACCUACGGCCUCGUCCAAUCAGGGGUGGAUCGCAACAAUGUCCAACACCUGACCGAUCAGCAGCUCCUGCACGACUGCUAUGUUAACAAUGGAGUCCACAGAGAAAAAAUACUGUCCCUUAGUAGAAGGCCUUUAAAGCCAUGCCACACUGAUGCCCAGCCAGCAGGACCCGAUGUGUUCAUUAGCUACCGCAGGACUACCGGAUCCCAGCUGGCAAGUCUGCUGAAGGUGCACCUGCAGGUUCGAGGAUACAGCGUCUUCAUCGAUGUGGAAAAACUAGAGGCCGGUAAAUUCGAAGACAAACUGAUCCAGAGUGUACAAAGGGCACGUAACUUCAUCCUGGUUUUAUCUGCCAAUGCGCUUGAUAAGUGCAUGGGGGACACUGCCAUGAAGGACUGGGUGCACAAGGAGAUAGUCACAGCCCUGGCGGGGAAGAAGAACAUAGUUCCUGUCACAGACAAUUUUAUGUGGCCUGACCCCACGUCUCUGCCCGAGGACAUGAGAGCAAUUCUCAACUUCAAUGGCAUCAAAUGGUCCCAUGAAUAUCAGGAGGCCACUAUUGAGAAGAUCCUCCGCUUUCUGAAACAAGACCAAAUGGACAGCACAGACGCCUCCAAAGUGCAGAAAAAGAAAUAAAGUGACUCUGUUUGAUUUCAGUUUAAAUAUCCUUCACUGAUGCCAAAUUUCAACAUGGCCAACCGUGAGCCGGCCAGCAGCUUAUUCAGCAAAUGCAUGUGAAUUAGAUUACAUGCUCACACACAAAGACCAGAUAUAAUAUACCGCGAAACAAUAAAUGAAAUCCAAAGAGUGGUUUCAUUGUAUAUGAUAAACUGUAAGCCUUUAACAAUAGUACCCUAACACUGCUGUAUAUGUGUAACCAGGUACAGUAUACGCCUUCUGUCUCUCAGGAAAAUAACUGUGAUAGAUCAGCCGUCAUGGGCACCCAGCAAGUCAUCAAGUAUCCAUUUCUCAAGCUUUCACUAACACAUCAAUGUACUCAAUCAUCUUUUGUUGAACUUUGUUGAACGUUUUUGUAAAUGUAUUGUUUGUAGCAGAACAGAAACUUGUCCCAGCAGAUGUUUGUAUUGAUGAUGAUGGGCUUAGUCUGAUGAUUGGGACAUGACAUGUUGUCCAGCUACAUAAUGUAAAGCUGUAACCCUGAUGCAACUGAAUAUUCAUAUAAGGGAUGUACAUGCAAGAAAUAUUCCAGUGUAGUGUUUGACAUUUCCUUACCUCAGUAAAAGUAGGUACAAAUUUCCUCCGUCCUGAAAGUGAAAAUGAUAGUAUCUGCUUUAAAGACAUGUAACCAGUUAUAAAACGGAGUGACAUAUUAAUUCAGUAUACGCCUUCUGUCUAUCAGUACAAUUCACCAGGAUUUUCCAACUUAUUUAAAUCUGUUUUUAAUGCAAAACCUGCUUUAAAGUGAGAUUUUUCAUUGCAAACGUAGUGAACUUAAUGAAAGCAGUGAAGUUAAUACAAUGAAAUCCAGCAGUAUGAUGCACAGAGGCUUUUGACUAUAAAGAACUGACGGCAAAUUAUAUCACACCUGUGCAAAAAAUAAAGAUUAUUAUUAGAGAGUAUUACAAAUUAUUUAAUAGAGCUGGAUAUAAAUAGUAAUAAAAUAUGCAUCAGGAUGUGAUUGUCACAAAUUAUUUUGUACAAUUAUUCUACUUAUGCCUGGUUGCACCGGCCUCUCUGCAGGGCUUUUUCUGGUCUAGCCUUAAUAUUGUUUGCCUUCAAUGUCAACCCAUGUUAUUGUACUAUUAUACUAUAGUCCCUGUAUGAUUAAAUCUUUAUUCCAAAGUAUAGUUAAUCAGUGUUUAAUUUUUUAUCAUGAUGUUUUAGUGUCAGACAGAUCAUUCGAAACGAGAUGGAAUAAAAUGUGUUGAAAACACUCAAAGACUAAAUCCUUUAUUUUCACUUCAUUAAACUGUGGGACAUUCAAAGAAAAAAAAAAUUCAACCAUCAUCUCUGUCACAAACUAUCAAAAUGAUCCACUUUUAUUUUAGCGACUUAAUCAAUGCUACUAAUAAAUAUUGCACACCUGAUUAGGAUGAAGAAACAACAGCUUCACAGAUCCAUUAUGUUGGAUAAUACGUCUACAGAGCAGCUUUGACCACAUGAACAAACAAACUACCGGCCAGAGUCGAAAAUAAUCUCUUAAGGAUCAAUUCACUUAACCUUUGAACUACCCUUGAGCAUUUUGAAGCCGAUUUGGUAGCUCCUGUUCCCUCAUUGUGCCACCAGGACCUGACCCCUUUGUGCAUAUUGGCUGUGGGCCUGUGCUCAGGGAAUAUCCAGUGUUGUUUGUGCUGAGGGGAGGAAAGCUGUCAAAGGAGUUUGGACUGUGAGCUCUGCUUUGUGGAGCGGUCAAGGAGUGCUAACCGUUCCUCUCUCUCUCUCUCUGCUGUGUACCAACAAAAUUUGGGCUGUUUGGCCCUGGUCAUCUCCCUGAUUAGGGUAAUACUAUGAGGCUUAGGUGCUGACAUAACUGUUGUAAAUCUUAUUAAACCACAUCUAAUAACUUCUA